UUGUUUUAUUGUUUGUUAUAGUCUAUGUUAUUUUAAAAUAACUAAAAGUUUUUGAUUUCAUAGAUGAACAACUGUUAAGAGCUGCAAAAAUUGGUAAUGAAAAAGAAGUCAUAAGGUUAAUUAAGAGUGGAGUUGAUGUAAAUCAACGUCAUGUUUUUGGAUGGACUGCUUUGCAGGUUGCUGCUAUGAAUGGAAAUUUGAAAGUUGUUGAAACAUUACUGGAGUUGGGAGCAGACGUUAACUUGGGAGAUGAAUUUUCUAAUGUAUACCAAGUAGCUAAAGAUAAAAGAGUGCAUUCCCUGGAAGUAUGGGCUACUAGAGAAGAUGAAUUCAGUGAGAAAUUGAAUAUGCGAGCUACUUUCCGAAAUACCACUGCUUUGCAUUAUGCAGUUCUAGCAGAUGAAAUCAAAGUUGUAGAGAUUCUUUUAAAUCAUGGUGCUGAUCCUUCCAAAGUGAAUGAUAUUGGCCAUAAACCUAUUGAUUAUGCUAAUUCAAAGGAAAUGAAGCAACUUCUGGAAACAGCUACAACAAAA